AUGAGCGGGCGGCGGGUGGACGCCAAGGUGGUGCUGCUGGGGCAGGAGGGCGUGGGCAAGAGCAGCCUAGUGGAGCGCUGCGCCCACCGCCGCUUCCGGCCCGGGCCCUACCAGAACACAAUCGGUGCUGCCUUUGUGGCCAAGGUGAUGACUGUAGGGGAACAGACGGUGACCCUGGGCAUCUGGGACACAGCUGGCUCAGAACGCUAUGAGGCCAUGAGCCGCAUCUACUACCGUGGUGCACGGGCUGCCGUCGUCUGUUACGAUCUCACUGACAGCAGCAGUUUCCAGCGAGCCAAGUUCUGGGUUAAUGAGCUGCAGAACUGCGAGGAGGGCUGCCGGAUCUACUUGUGUGGCACCAAGAGUGAUCUGCUGGAGGAGGACAGGAGGAAGCGGGGUAUGGACUUCCACGAUGUGCAGGACUAUGCCGAUGAGAUCAAAGCAGAGCAUUUUGAGACCUCCAGUAAGACAGGCCAGAGUGUAGAUGAGCUGUUCCAGAAGGUGGCUGAGGACUACAUCCACUUCACCGCUUUCCAGCUGAUGACAGAGGAGAAGAGUGUCGACUUGGGGCAGAGGAGCAGUGCCUACUUCUACAGCUGCUGCCACCACUGAGACCUCCUGCCAAAAGGGAACUGCUGCUGUCCACUGGGCAGCUGGCAUGCACCGGAACCCUCAGUUUUUUUACCUGCUGUGUUUUAGCUGUAUGGGCCCAGACGCAACGUUGGCAAUGUGCAGCCUCAUGGACUGCUCUCCUCCUGGCAGAGGGCUGUGCCAUGCAGGGCUGGGAGCCACAGGACAUCAUCCCUGGGGACUGUGUCAUCCAGCAUUUGCAGGAGCUGCUUCCCCAACUCACUGCUGUGGCCCAGCAGGGGCUGUAACUUAUUGUCUCAGAGACGUUUCCCGAUUCUCUGCAGAUUUAAGUGUCUUCUCUGGAGGUGUACAAUGUAAAUAAAACACGUUGUG